AUGGGCGCCAGCGCUGUCUUAGAACCGCUGGUGGUCAUCGUCUUACUCUUUGGAGGCACCUGGAUCAAUCGACGGACAAAUCUCGCCAUCUCUGGCCGUCACACCCGCCGCAGAUCAUCCGACUAUGUACGACCCGACUCCCCCGAUUCCCUUGAGGCCGGAUAUGUCAGCCCAACGCCCAAGGAUGGGCUCUUGAGCCCGCGCUCGGAUUCCCCAUCCCUGCAACUAUCCGACAGCCGAUGGCGGACACGACAGAUCGGCAUCUUUCGUUUCUCAUGUCGUGUGACAUCCCCAAACACUGCUGUCUUCCAUGAUCGACUACUCAGUCGAUUACUUCAAAAACUACCAUUCCUGGCGGAGUGUUGGUAUUGGGCGCUGGUAUACUGGACAUACCAACUCGGGCGAGCCUUCACCGCCGUCACUCUUCAAGAAGGCACCGUCGAUGUUGCCCGCCAUCAUGCCUUGCAGCUGGUGCGGUUAGAGAAGAAACUAGGCAUCUUCUGGGAACUUGGAAUCCAGCAAUACUUCCUCCGUCACCCUUUGGCCAUGACGUAUAUCAACUGGAUAUAUUCGUUCAUUCAUAUUCCUGGUACCAUUGCCUUCCUGGUAGUGCUCUACUACUACACCAUCACUCGGAACCGCGUCGAUGAGUCCCAACCAGGCAAGCCUCGGGGCACAGUGAGUGGAUCACCAGCGGGUCCCCUUCUUUACCAGGCCCGACGACGGACAAUGGCAGUAUGCAAUUUGUUGGCCUUUGUCAUUUUUACCCUGUGGCCAUGUAUGCCGCCGCGGUUGCUCAGUGACCCGACUGCGGAGGGCAAGGAUGCAGACCUGGGCCGUACCUAUGGUUUUGUGGAUACUGUUCAUGGUGCCGAAGGGGCGGGAAGUGUAUGGACCGAGAACCGCUUUUGCAAUCAAUAUGCGGCCAUGCCAUCUUUGCAUUUUGGAUAUUCCCUUAUGAUUGGACUCACCAUUAUGACCAUCCCCCUUCCCUCGCAUUAUCAACGGACCCUUCCUCUUCGUUUCACCCGGGGCAUUGGACUACAGUUCCCUUCCUGGCAACGUAUUGUCUGCCUAGUGCUUGGCUUCUUGUACCCUUUUACCAUUCUUGUGGCUAUCAUAGCCACUGCCAAUCAUUUCAUUCUGGAUGCCGUUGCCGGUGCUCUGGUCUGCGGUCUGGGAUGGCGGUUCAACGGCGGGUUGUUGAAUCUGCUGCCCUUGGAAGACUACUUCCUCUGGCUUGUACGGAUUGAUAAGCCCGAGCCCUCGGAGAUGAAGGCGAUUGAUAGCUUGAAUGAUUGGUCCAGCGAUGAGGGUGAAUCGAGACAUGCAGUGUCCUCUUCAUGA